AUGGCUCUCACAAAUGCCAUUCGCAUUAGCAACCUUGUCCUUCGCCUCUGUCAGCUUUGUGUCUCAGGUAUCGUUCUCGGCAUCUUUUCCUACUUCCUUGCAGUGCUUUCCGAUCAUGGCCUACCAACACAGAAAUGGAUUCAGGCCGUCGAAGGUAUAUCCGGCAUAGCUACUGCUUACACGCUUCUCGCUUCUAUCCUCACUCUCAACAUCGGCAGCAUUCCUUUUUUUGCAGGCUUGGCUAUUGUGCUUGAUUUUGUGUUCGCCGCAGCAUUUAUGGCCAUCGCUAUUAUGGCAAGAAACGGCACGCAAGCGUGCAUAGGAAAUGUCAAAACUCCCCUUGGCAAUGGCGACGUGACCCAACCAGCCGGGGGAUUCGGACCUGGAGGAUUUGGUACUGGCAAGGGAAAGCAAUUAACAUUCAUGCCUAGCUUACGCACGGCGUGUCAACUGCAGAAGGCAGUAUUUGCCCUUUCGAUUAUCGGAAUACUCUUUUUCCCGGCUUCCAUGAUUGCUCAGUACUAUUACAUGAAGAACCGAGCAACGCUGAAAGACGUAAAAGCCAAGAACUUCAACAUUCGCUCCUUCUUCCGUAUCCCCCAACGUCGUCGCCAACUUGGGCCUCGUGCCACAGUUGUUGAGUUUGAUCAAACCGAUGCGUUCAACGGCACUAUACCUCUGUCGGAGCAGCCUUCAACUGAAAAACCACCGCGCUAUACGAAGUUCUUUGGGCAUGGAAGCAGUACUGGCAGUUUACAUUUGAAUAGUAACCCUGAUGUAUGGCCAGCAACGCAACCGGAUAAUGCCCAUGAAUUAAAAAAUCACCCCCAUACGAAGGAGCACGGUAACCAUUCACAUACGAUGCCCGCCUGUGAGGGAGAACAAGGCUAUCCAUAUACUGCCAAUAGCAAUCCAUAUGGAAAUGAUGUGUUGCAAAAUUCUAACUACCCAGGCUACGCAUAUGGGGCAAGCGGCGUUAGUGAAGGCGGAUAUGCCUUUGGAUACGGUGGUGCUCGCGCCGGAGCGCCGCCACAUAACAUUCACUUGGAAAAUGUUUAG